CUGUGUACCCAAUCCAUCACAUUGGUCCUCCCUCAGUCUGGAGACCACAGCAGCCUCGAGCCCCUCAGGAUACAGCUCCACAUUCUGAACCAGGGGUUAUCCAGCGCUGCACCUGGGUGGCAACAGUUGCAGAUUUCAGCGUUGACCUGACUGGAUCAAAUUUAAUAUAUUUCUUCUUUUUACUGUUAAAUGGGAACAUUUAAAGGCUCAGGUGUUUGAUUCAGCAGGACCCUUUUUAUCCUGCUUUGUGACUGAAAGGUGUUGUAAAUAUCUUUGUUUUUUUUCCCUGCUGUUUUUUUUACGACUGGAAGAAGGGAGCUGCUGUCAGGAAUUUUACGCGAACGCUGAGGUGCUUUCGGCAGAUUUCUCACCUGGACACUGACGAGGCGAGCAGGAUGGACUUCACUUACUUUUGGCUCCUUGCCACGACUCUGAUGUUGUUCCACCAGUACCAAGCCUCUGCCUUCUCUGUUACAAGCCCUGCAGUGGAGGACGGCCCCCUGGCGCAGCUCACCCACACAGCCCACCGGCGGGAGAAACGCUGCUCUUGCGAGAACCAGAAAGACAAAGAGUGCAUUUUUUUCUGCCACAUUGGCAUCGUCUGGGUCAACACUCCAAGCCACGUGGUUCCUUAUGGAUUUGGAUCGCUGCGACUCAGGAGGGACCUCGGCCGCUGCAUCUGCACGGACACACAGGACACAGAGUGUCUGAGCUUCUGCUCUCUCCGGACACAAACACAAGGGGAAAACGUCGUGGCGAAGAGGAAGACUGACAAACAACUGAAGAGAUACAGAGCUGCAUUCUGGGAAAAAAGGAGCCGACAUGCACUCAAACACCAGACCUGAGAGAGAUGAGGCGCCACAGUAACACCAGCUCUUCUGAAAGGAAGUCCUCUAUGUAUCAGAAAUAACAAACAUGGACCCUUUUGUUUGUCUGGCUGCCCUGAUGGCGAUCUCUCAAAGGUUUUUCCUGCAGCCAAGCUAAAGAACAGUAAAACACUGACCACACAGAAGAGCAUUUGCAGAGUCUUGAAACUUGUUUGAUAAAGGCGAUCACAGCAAACGAUUACAAUGUUAAAUUUAUCUAUUUUUUUGCAAUGGUGAUGGACUGUUUUUAAAUCUGUGUUCACAUACAACAGGCUCUGACAGGAGAUUUGAGAGAGGGCUGCCGAAAAGCAUUGCAAAGACACUGUAUGUCCUCUAUGACUGAAUAUUAAGGCCACUAGUAGGAAAAAAGAUUUCAAGAAUAACUUUAAGAAAUAAAGUCAUAUAAUAUAAUUUCUUACCACUGUAUGAGAGAGGGUCAUAAAACUCUAUUGUGAAAUAAGGUUGUAAUUUUACAAGAAAAAGUCACAAUAUUCUAUGACAUGAGAAUAAAAUGAUGAGUCAGAAAUGUUAUAAUUAGACCAGAUUACAUGUCUAGCAUUUU